AGCAGGAGUUCGCUUCCCGCCAUCUCGCGGCGGCGGAAAACCAGCGGCGGCGGCGGCGGCGCGAGGGGAGCGCGGGAAACCCGUCUCUAUGGGAACGGCGGGGACAGAUUUGACGUUGGAGCUAACAGCUGUUUGAGAACCUGGUAAAUCCUUUCCACGAUGGCACUGAUGAAAAUUUACGGCCAGAUUCGAAUCAACAGCAUCCAGACCGGCACCACCAAGUGGAGAGAAGGCAGCUUUGAAAUUGUAGAGAAGGACAACAAAGCUUCUCUGGUCGUGCUCUUCAAUUCUGGCGGUCCUGCAAAGACAUUCCAGCUGAGCCACAAUGUGAAGGUGGUGAAAAUCAGUCCCUCGAUGAAGCAGCAAAGUCGACUGCUACUCACGCUGCAGGACAAGAGCAGCCUGAUAAUCGACAAGGCUCCGAGCACUGACGCACUGAUCCUGAAGGAAUACCUGGAGACCCUGAACCAUGGGGGGAUAAAGUCACAUCAAGGGUCCAGCAACUUUGGAGCAAAGUUGGGAAACCGGAUUAUGCCAAAGGAAUCUCACCGACAGCGGUCUAAUAUAGAAAACCAGACACCAACCAGACGAGAUGAGACUCCGACCCGAAAAACACUGAACAGCCCUGGCCGAGCCUCCCUGCAGCUUGGAGCGAAAGCUCAGCAAUCAAGUGGUACCCCAAACAACCGUAUGGGGACAGCACUGACCCCGACCUCUCACACUUUGCCCAGGAGUGAGAAGAGAAAGAGGAUUCUGACUCCAGAUCUGGAACUGACUGAAGAUUAUCCUAAAGAGAAUGACUCAUCUAGCAAUAACAAGGCAACUGGUGACCCUUCUCGAAAGUUCCUGACCAACUACCGAGAAAAGCAACUGAACCUGAAGCAAGCAGAGGAGAACCGGAGUUCUGGUACGAUGCCCCUGCAGUGCUUUUACGGGAGCAGAACCUCCUCCAAGGAUUACUCUGCCGGGAAUUCGUUCUUGGACAGGUCCAGUCUCUCAGGCCAAACCCCCUCUGCUAAAAGGAGUUUGGGAUUUUUACCUCAGCCCACUCCCCAGUCGGUGAAGAAACUGCGCACGAAUCAGGAUUACACUGGGUGGAACAGACCGCGGGUGCCCCAUGCCACCCAGCUCCCACAGCAGCUGCAAGGGUUUUCCAACCUUGGCAAUACCUGUUAUAUGAACGCCAUCCUGCAGUCCUUGUUUUCACUUCAAUCUUUGGCAAUUGAUCUGCUCAAGCAAGGCAUUCCGUGGAAGAAAAUUCCAGCCAAUGCUCUGCUCAAGCGAUUUGCCCAUCUGCUGGCCAAGAAGGACAAUUGCAGCCCAGAGGUGAAGAAAGAGCUGCUCAAGAGGGUAAAGAAUGCCAUUUCAACCACUGCGGAGAGGUUCUCUGGAUAUGUGCAGAACGAUGCCCACGAGUUCCUGAGCCAGUGCCUGGACCAGCUGAAGGAAGACAUGGAGAAGCUGAACAAGACAUGGAAGAAUGAGCUGCUAGCGGGCGAGGACACUCCAGCCGCUCGAGCAUGUCACGAGGCAGGUGCUGCCAGGGUCUACGCCUGCCCUAUCGUCUCCAACGUGGAGUUCGAAGUUCUGCACACCAUCGGUUGUAAAAUGUGUUGCGAAAGUGUUACAAAACGAGAACAAUUCAACGAUCUUUCCAUCGAUCUCCCGCGGCGGAAGAAGCUCCUACCCCCGAGGUCUAUCCAGGACUCGCUCGACCUCUUCUUCAGGGCUGAAGAAAUCGAGUACUCCUGUGAGAAGUGUAACGGCAAAAGUGCAGUCGUGACCCACAAGUUCAGCAGGCUGCCCAGGGUUCUCAUACUCCAUUUGAAACGGUACAGUUUUAAUGUGCAGCUGUCUCUGAAUAACAAGCUUGGUCAGCAGGUGAUCAUCCCAAAGUACCUGACCUUGGCGGCUCACUGCACAGACACCACACGGCAGCCCCUUUCACUAGGCUGGAACGCACAAGCUGCAAUGUCGCGACCACUCAAAGCUUCGCAGUCGGUGAACUCCACAACUUCCACGCCCAUGCUGGGGAGGAAGUACUGCUUCAAGUCUGCGAUUGUGAUCCUGGACUCUGACAGUGAGGAGGAGCAGGUGAAACGGGCAAUGGUGAUCAGCAGGCAGAUGAAUGAGCAGAUUCAGCGUGAGACACAGCAGGAAGAGGAGGAAAUGCAGCUGGCACUUAAGACAAGCAAGCAGGAGUUAGAGCGCCCUGCCCCAGCCACAGCAAUGGACUCAUCCUUUGACAGCAUGAGUGAGGACGAGCUGCUGGCAGCUGUGCUGGAGAUCAGCAAGCGGGAAACGUGUCUCUCGCUUGGCGGUGGGGAGGAGCAGGAGAAGCCGAGCAGCAGCCCCGACACUGGCUUUGGUGAUGAUGAAGCUCAGGAGUUGCUGGAACAUCACGAGGCUGCGGAAAUGGAUGGGCCCAGGACCAGCAUGGAAGCAGAGCCUGCUGAAAGUAUGAAAGACUUUGAUGAGAAUAAGGAGAAUAAAACCCCAGAGGGCUCCCAGUGUGAGAUGGACUGGAUGCAGCAGUAUGACCUAGACAGGGAGCGAGAGGAACAGGAGCUGCAGCAAGCACUGGCCCAGAGCCUUCAGGAACAGGAAGCCCGGGAGAUGAAAGAAGACGAUGACUUGAAGAGAGCCACAGAGUUGAGUAUUCAGGAGUUCAAUAACUCCAUUGGUGACCUCAUGGGUUCGGAUGAAGACUCCGGCAAUGAGGAAGUCCUGGACAUGGACUAUAGCGAGGCUGAAGCUGAGGAGUUGAAAAGGAAUGCAGAGACAGGUGAGCUCGCACAUUCUUACCGACUAAUCAGUGUUGUCAGCCACAUCGGCAGCUCCUCCUCCUCUGGGCACUACAUCAGUGAUGUAUACGAUAUAAAGAAGCAGACCUGGUUCACGUACAAUGAUCUGGAGGUGUCCAAGACGUUGGAGGGAACUGUGCAGUCAGACCGUGACAAGAGUGGCUACAUCUUUUUCUACAUGCACAAAGAGGUGUUGGAAGAGUUGGUGGAGGCAGAGAAAUGCCCCCAGUCAACGGGUUUGGACUCCAGCAGGCCUGUGCUGCAGCCCCUGUGACGGUGUGAAGACUAUGGCGCGGGAGCGACUCGUGCUGGCACUCUACCAUCAGGGACCGAAUGUUGUUUACAGCUAGUCCCGGGAUAAAUACCUCCUAAAAUAGCGGUAGAUCUUCGCCAGACUGCAGUGAUCCAGGGCCUUCACCCGUUUGGUCUUUGGAGCCAGGCAAUGGUGCUGAAAGUCGACACUUGGGAAUCAUAGUGCAGUGAGCUCAUUCCUCUCACGGACAGGCACUUGAACUCUAUGUCACGAGAGUCCUGGACAAGUACUGGUGCCAAUCUGUCACUAUUUCCAAAGAUUUUCAAGGAAUUCAAGUUGGAAUUGUAUCACGAGACUGUUUAGAUGUGAGGGGUUUUUUUUUUUGUUUUUUUUAAAAGGAAAAAAAAUAUAAUAUAUGAAUCUAAAAUUGCUGUUCUUGCCCUGAAGAGGUCUGUGUGUGUGCCAACUGAAUAGGAAGAGUGGGUGCAGACUUAAGAUUCCCCAAGACACUCGAACUUCAGGGUUAAACAGAGGGUUUAGGUUUGGUUUGUAUAGUCAAGCUCUUUAAUGUAAGUUUUUCUUUUGAUGGUCAGAGCAUUAACACUGUAUUUACAUGGUCUUAGGGAUAUGGGAGGUAUUUUUACUGAGGAGAAGGCAGAUGUGGUCUAAGCUCUUCUCGCGGAACCAGCUUCUGCGGCCUCCCUGUCUGUCCUGGCAGGACCCCACAUGGAGCUCCCACUCUCAAGCUCCCUUCCCUGCGUUUGCUUCCAAGAGUGGCCAUGGUUUUCGCAAAGCUCACUGCUCCACAGAAAGCCGCAUGUGAGGUUUCCCUGAACCGCUGGAGAGCUUCUAACGUCAAGGCUGUGUUAAGUUGCAGCUCCAGUGGCACUGGAGUUGAAACCUUGGUCCAAAUGCAGAGCAGUCCAAGUGCCUGCAGCGUGUGCCUGUCCCUGUUCUCGGAGGAGGCGUUUCAAAAAAUGCUCUCUGUUCUGUUUCUAUCUUGGUUGGGUUGCUGGCGACUGGAUGCUUCCCUCCAUCAAGCUGAGAUGCCCCUUAGUUUCAGCCUCGCCAUUUCAUACUGCACUUUAUUUUUCUACUCCUGUAUCUUGAGGUCCGUGCACUAGAAACUGUUCUCUCAUCCACUACCUCCUCCACUGUCACUUCUUCCGAAGGGAAACCAAAGCACCUCUAUCCACCCGGCAACCAGAGACCAGACCCCAGCAUCUGCUCGGUGAGUGAGGGGUGGCUUAAUAUGUCAGUAACCUGGCAUCAGUUAAAGGAAGGGCUUGUCUCACUGGUGGUCUAAGCUCCACACAAUACUGUCUCUUCCUUGCACUGCUGGGUGCAGUGUUUGUACAAUUGAUAUAUAUGCUUAUGGUAUAGACUCUGAACAUCAAGAGGGGGCUACUACCCCUGUGGGGGGAGGUUUCACACUGUCCCAGCAGGGAGGCAUUUUGACCCUCAGUGGGGGACUUAUUGCCCAUAGGGGUGUGGGAGCUGGCGUUGGUACUGCACUUUGUUGCCUUCUUUAGAAUUCUAGUGGUGCCUAUCUUUUCAAGCCCCAACAAGGUCCCAGUCAGUUGAAGUGGGUCUACCUCCAUGAAGUGUCACACUGUUCAAUUCUUUGCACCUGUGCACACACUUCAAAACACACAGUUUGUGGACACCAUUUGCAGAGUGGCCAAUUCUCUGGUUUUAAUAUAUUUUAAUGGUGUGCAUGGGACACAGGAGUGCCCCCACAUACCCCAGAUUCGUCCUCACUACUUCCACCCUCCCCUCUCCUGCCACAUUCAAUUUGAGCAUAAGCAGCAGCACCCAAUCAGAGUUAGUGAGAAGCCCAAUAUACAAGACCUGCUUUCUACCAGAUGAAAGGUCUUGAUCAGAAAGCAGAUAAGUCCAGGGGGUUCGCUUGCUGAGGAGUUGGGUUCGUGCAGUUUGUUUGUGGUAAACUGUCGAGCUUUGGAUCGGAAAAGAAUUUCACUAAACCACAGGUGCCCGAGGAGCCUGCCCCGUCAGGCUGGUCCAUAACCUGCUUACGAUCUGUAUUAGUUCAACAUACCUCAGUAAUGGACAUCUUUACAGCGUCAGACUCUCUCCUACUUUUUCAUUGUGCAUGUUUCUCUUGUUCUCUCUACCCCCUCACCUACCCUCUUUCCUCCCUCUCUCUCCCUCCCUUGCCUUCUCCCGCGGGUUUGUAGUUUGAGAAUGAACAUUGGUGACUCUGAUCUGUAGAUCAGAUUGUAGAUUGUGCUGCUCUAGGAGCUGGUCGUUCCAAGGAGAUCCUCCUCGGGUGGUGCAUUGUCUCUCUCU